GUUCAACGUCAAAGAAGAAGAAGACGAAGUCAGAAACAGGACGUUGCGUCUAAUGCUAACCUGAGAACCUGCAGGCUGCUGAACAUGAAUAAACCUGUUUAGCUUCUGACACGACCUUAAUAACAGAGUGUCUAUCUGUCCCACAUAUCUGCUGGGACCACGGACGGCUGGACUUGAAUUGGGUUCAUCCCGUUAGCUGAAGUUUCUCCCUUCAUCCACUCAUCAUGGUGGACUACUACCAGGUUUUAGGAGUACGGAGAGAUUCGUCUGCAGAUGAAAUAAAGAAAGCCUACAGAAAGCUGGCCUUGAGGUGGCACCCUGAUAAAAACCCGGAGAACAAGGAGGAGGCUGAGAAGAAGUUCAAGGAGCUGUCGGAGGCGUAUGAAGUCCUGUCAGAUGCCAACAAGAGGAGCACAUAUGAUCGCUAUGGCAAAGAGGGACUGACAGGGAGCAACGGAGGAAGGGGAGGCCAUUUCCACAACGGAGAUCAUUUCCACGAACCAUUCACAUUCCGCAACCCAGACGACGUCUUCAGGGAAUUCUUCGGAGGCAGAGACCCAUUUGCAGACUUUUUUGGUGCAGAUCCAUUUAGUGAUGAUCCAUUUUUCGGCAGUGGCCGGCGGCACCAUAGUCGAGCAAAUCGCAGCCGGACAGCCAGCCCGUUUUUCGGGGGCUUUGUCGGUUUUCCUCCCUUUGGCGCUGGCUUCUCACCUUUUGACCCAGGCUUUGGUUCUUUUGGCUCUAUGAGCCCCAUGGGUCAUAUGGGUCACAUGGGUCACAUGACAACCAUGGGCAGUCUGGGAGGUGGAGGCUUCACCUCUUUUUCCUCCACCUCCUUCGGGGGAGGAGGAGGUGGCGGUGGAGGAGGCAUGGGCAACUUCCGCUCUGUGUCCACCUCCACCAAGAUCAUCAACGGCAGGAAGAUCACCACUAAAAGAAUCGUGGAGAACGGGCAGGAGCGUGUGGAGGUGGAGGAGGACGGGCAGCUGCGGUCAUUAACCGUUAACGGUAAGGAGCAGCUGCUGCGGCUGGAACACCGGUAAAGACCGAAGUUUUCAUCUGCUGGAGAAGUGUUACCUCAGCACAAACAUACCAACAAACUUGAGAGAGAGAGAGAGAGAGAGAGAGAGAGAGAGAGAGAGAGAGAGAGAGAGAGAGAGAGAGAGAGAGAGAGAGAGAGAGAGAGAGAGAGAGAGUGUCCACUGUUGUUUGGAUGUAAAUACUUAGGUUGCAUUUAUUUCCCCUUGUGUCCUCUCCCUGCUGACUCAUUUGUUAACCAAUGAUUCAAAUUCAAUGAUAUUUGGAUGCAGACUUUUCUAUGCAUUUUGUUAAUGUAUUUCUGAAUUGGAGAAUUGUCCUUAUAUUUUGGCUCAGGGUGGUGUUAUUGUUUCAGUGUUUGGGACCACAGUAUUGUUCUGAUGUAUAUGACCAGCCCCUCCCCACCUUCCCUUCUUUUUCUUUUCUGUAUGCACUCGGUACUGCUUGUCUAAUCUCUUCUUAGUAAUAAUUCUUUUUUUAUUGAAAAAAAAAAAAUACAAUGCUGGUAGGAUGAGUUAUGCAAUUUUAUAUGUUCUAAUACCAAUAUGUUUAUUGUUUAUUUAAUUAUGCAUGUACUCCUGUUGAUGUCGAGUCUUAAUGUUAAAGCUGCAUUAUGAUGCACAACUAAUGGAAGGCAUUCUAUAAAUGAUAUAUGGAUAUAGAAGGAAUUUUGUGUACUUUGUAAACCAAUAAAUCUGAGUGUCGUCCUGUUUUCAGGAUGCAGAAAUGUG